AUGUACAAGCAACAGGAGAAGCUGGAGGUGCGAAGCAGCAAAAUGCCCAAGGAUAUGGAGAGGGAUGCACUGGAGACGGCUCGAAGAGCACUGGAUAGGAACUCCGAACCGCGCGCAGUUGCAAACAUGAUUAAGAAGGAAUUUGACGAGCGUUACACGCCCAAUUGGCACUGCAUUGUGGGCAACCACUUUGGAAGUCCCAUUUACUGCACCGUUGUUAGUCAGAUCUACGCGUCAUCGUCACAAGGUGAUCGGGAACUGGUGAGUCAAAAGCAAAAACUUCCCUUUCCUCACUAUCAAAUGAAAAGUGAUCCCACCUACUUUGGAAAAUCUGCCCAUCACAUUAUCUUCGAGAGCCACAUUCCCUCCAAGGUUCGGUUGCUUUGCCUUACUCAAGACUGA